AUGGAUUGGGUUCGAGGUGAAUCAGUAGGCCAUGGUAGUUUCGGCAAAGUCAAUAUUGCAAUACCCAGAAAACAGAGUGCUCUGUUUUCUCCAUCAGUGGUGGUUAAGUCUUCUUCAGCUUCCUGUUCAGUUACUCUGAUGAACGAGAAAAUAAUCUUGGAUGAGCUUAAGGGUUGUUCACAAAUCAUCAAUUGCCUUGGUGACAGCUACACCUAUGAAAAUGGCGAAAACUUGUACAAUGUCUUGUUGGAGCAUGCUUCAGGGGGCGCCUUGUCGGAUAAGCUCAAAAAUUCCGGCGAUCGUAAAUUGCUGGAAUUUGAAGUCAGGAAAUACACUAAGGCCUUACUCAGAGGGCUACACUAUAUCCACAAGAGUGGCUAUGUUCACUGCGAUAUUAAGCCUCAGAACAUUCUUCUAGGCCAAGAUGGUCAAGUCAAAAUUGCUGAUUUUGGAUUGGCAAAGAGAUCCCAAUCCACGAAAGAUGAUAAAUUACGAUGUGAAUUGAGGGGUACCCCACUGUACAUGUCGCCGGAAAUGGUUGCCUCCGGCGAACAGGACACGCCCGCCGAUAUCUGGGCACUUGGGUGUGUGAUUGCUGAGCUGGCAGCAGGUGUUCCAGUUUGGAAAUACUCAAAUAUAACCCAACUACUUAUGACAAUUGGAGUUGGUGAUGAGUUACCUGAAUUUCCAACGAAGUUAUCCGAAGAAGGAAAAGAUUUUCUUGGAAAAUGUUUUGUGAAGGACCCAAGAAAGAGAUGGACGGCUGAGAUGCUUCUAAAACAUCCCUUUAUUGCAGAUCAAGAUUACGAUGAUGAUGACACUGUUACAUUGUGUGACGAAAUAUGCGGGAGUGGCACCCCUUCAACAUCUCCUAGGUGUCCAUUUGAUUUCCCAGAUUGGGUAUCUGAUGACUCUGCUGAAUCAACAGUCACAUGUCAAAUUACAUCUCUACCCUCACCGGCAAUUCAAGAUUUGCUCUGUUUUAACGGUGGGUCAUUAUCCACAUCACCGGCUGAGAGAUUGCGAGGAUUAAUGAAUCAAUUUAGACCUCAAUCUGAAUGGUCUAAUGCUGAUGGUUGGGUCAGCGUUCGGUGAUGUCUAUCUUUAUCAAAUUGUUUUAAAUUUGAGUGAUAGAAAAGAAGCCAGAGUAGUAUUUAGAUUUUCCAGAGUGCUGAAGAUUUUUUGUUAUCAGCUCUGAUUUUUUUUUCUUUUUUAAUUUGUUUCACCUUAUUGGUUGGGCAGGUCAAUUUUUUCCACUUCUUUGUAAAUAGAAAACAAGUUCAUAGUACAUACCUUGGUUGGAACUUGGAAUUAGGAUAUCACUUUCAAUAUUAAGACAAGUGAUUGGGACUCAACAAAGUGUACAAAUUUUAUCUUUUAUUAGCCGUAUUUAGUAAAUGAAAGUUAUGAAACAACUU